UAUAUUACCUAGCUGCGUCCCGCAGUCUUCCUGGCGGCGUAACCGGAUAUAGGUCUCACUAACCUUCCGAAGCUUCUCGUCCGAAUCCACCGGCGCUAUUAUCAGAUACUUCUUUCUACACUACGUUUACAACCCACUUGCCGUGUCCAUGCCCGUGGCUAUUCGACGUAAGCAUCGUAUUUACUAACUUUUAAAAAGAGGUUAUAUAAAAUGCCUCCGGUUUACUCCCGUUUGUUCCAACCAAUGUGGGCGCGUGUAUUACGACAGACGACACCAAACUUAGAGAGAGCAGCAUGGAAGCGCACUUUCGUCUCCGGGUCGCAACAGACUGUCCCAUCUGCGAUACGACAACCGACUAUAUUUAGUUUUCUAUCCAAAUCUUCCAAAUCUUCCAAAUCACCGUUACGCUCGACCCGGCGAUCAUUUCACCGAACUUCCCGCUUACGAGACGCAAAACCUUCCCCGAAAGAUGCUCCAGCUCAAGAACCGCAGGGGAUCACAGCAAGGCUAAAGAAGCUAUCGAGAGAAUAUGGAUGGGCCGCCUUGGGAGUUUAUCUAGGCUUAACUGUUCUAGAUUUUCCGUUCUGCUUCCUACUAGUGCGGUCGGUAGGGACGGAUAGAAUAGGCGCAAUCGAACACUGGGUCGUAUCAAAUGCCUCCAAAUUAAUACCACAAUCCGUCCGGACCAGGUGGCGUGAAUACCGCGAAGCCCUCAAAGAAGCCGAAAAGGAAAACCUCGAGGACACCGAGAUCAGCGAAGAUGCCGAAAUGGCUGGCUGGGGUGUAGAGGAGGCUGAGAAAAGGCACAAGGCCGAAGCCAGCCUCGGGACCCAGUUAGCUCUUGCUUAUGCUGUGCAUAAAAGCUUCAUAUUCCUUCGAGUUCCCUUAACCGCUGCGAUAACGCCCAAGGUAGUUAAGGUCCUUAGGUCAUGGGGCUGGAAAAUCGGAAAGCGACCAAGCAAGCGGUGACCGGAGUUUAUUCUCCAGUAAACGAGAGCUUUAUUAGUCACAGCAGUCUCUUCAUGAGUUAUGAUGUGUUCUUACAUGGUUUAAUACCUGAACGGAUGACUUGUAAAAUAGGCGUGAGGCGGUGUACGAUCGAUAAAAGACCAUUAGACUCACUCCACAUAGAAGAUAAACGUCGAAAACAAAAUUACCUAAUUCAAGGAUGCACUCUGUAUAAUUUACACGAAGAAUGAGUUAACGAACGA